GGCGGCGCCCGUCUGAGAAUCUGAGGGAUCCCGCGCUGCUGCUACAACUGCAAUUGCCAUCUAGAGAGGGACACAGGGAGGAGCCGCUGGAGCCCAGGCCUGCAGCCGAUCGUCCUUUCCUGUGUCACUCAGAAAUAAUGUUGAUAUUUAGAACUCAUGUCGAACAUCUAUGAAGAGAGGGCAACAAUGAUUGCAGCAGGGGAUUUGCAGGAGUUUGUCCCUUUUGGCCGUGACCACUGCAAGCACCAUCCUAAUGCGCUGAACCUGCAACUUCGACAGCUGCAGCCAGCCUCGGAACUUUGGUCAUCGGAUGGAGCAGCUGGUUUGGUGGGAUCCCUUCAGGAAGUUACUAUCCAUGAAAAGCACAAGGAAACUUGGCAGUUAAGGAAGGGCAUCAGUGAUGUUGGGGAAGAAGUACAAUAUGAUGAAGAAUUGUAUGUGGCCAGCAAUAUGGUCAUUUGGAGCAGAGGGAGUAAAAGUCAAGCUUCUGCUGUUUAUAAAGCGUUUACUGUCGACAGCCCAGUUCUGCAGGCAUUAUGGUGUGAUUUCUCUAUACCCCAGGAUAAGUCUGACAAAGUGGAAGAUAACAAUGAAAUAGUCGAAAAGUGUAUCUGCAUAUUACAGAGCUCUUGCAUAAAUAUUCACAGUAUUGAAGGAAAGGAUUACAUUGCUUCCUUGCCCUUUCAGGUAGCAAAUGUCUGGCCAACAAAAUAUGGCUUGUUGUUUGAACGUAGUAGUUCCUCGCAUGAAAUGCCUCUAAGUCCAGCCAGAGAGCCUUUGCCCACCAUGUUCAGCAUGCUUCACCCUUUGGAUGAAAUAACACCAAUGGUUUGUAAGUCUGGAGGUUUGUUUGGCUCUGCCCGAGUACAGUAUGUUGCUGAUUACUCCAUGAGAAUUGUUUUCCUCAAUGCGGAACCUUCCAUUUUAAUGACGUAUGAUGCUGUUCAGAGCUUACAUACCAUCUGGGCACUUCGAAGAGUAAAAGCAGAGGAGCAGAAUGCUGUCUUAAAGUUCUCGGAGCAAGUGGGAACUCUCCAGCAUGGAGCCCCUAGCAGUUCUUUCACUGUCCACCUUCGGAAUUUGUCUAAGGGAGAUUCACCUGUAGUUUCUCCCUUUCAGAACUAUUCUUCUAUCCAUAGUCAAAGCAGGUCGGCCUCAUCUCCCAGCAUCCAUUCCCGCUCACCUUCCAUAUCCAACAUGGCAGCUCUCAGCCGGUCUCAUUCCCCAGCCUUGGGGGUGCAUUCUUUCUCAGGCGUGCAGAGAUUCAACUUCUCCAGUCAUGCACAAUCUCCAAGGAGGCACAGUGCCUGCCAUUCUCCUAACAGUGCUACUGACUCCUUCCUUGCCCCUGAAACAGAACUCAUUGUUCCAGAGCUUUGCAUAGACCAUCUGUGGACAGAGGCCUUCACUACCACAAGGGAGAAGAACUCUCAAGCCUCCAAAGUAUUUAUUACGACUGACCUUUGUGGGCAAAAGUUCCUGUGCUACCUAGUAGAGUCCCAGCUCCAGUUGCGCUGUGUCAGGUUUCAGCAGAGUAAUGACAUGUCACAGUUGAUCUUUGGCUCUGUUACCAACAUACAGGCAAAGGAUGCGGCUCCAGUGGAAAGUGUUGAUACAAUGCUGGUUCUGGAAGCCAAUGGAAACUUAGUCCUGUACACUGGAGUUGUGCGGGUAGGAAAGGUUUUCAUACCUGGCUUGCCAGCUCCAUCACUGACCAUGUCAUCCCAGAUGCCUCGGCCAAGCACUCCUUUGGAAAGUAUUAGCACUCCUUCCAAACCUUUGAAUAAGCACCUUGGACCCUUAGAUGAGCAGGGAGUGUUGUCCCCUGUUCCAGAGCUGAGGGAUUCUUCCAAACUUCAAGACUCCUCUUAUAUUGAUGAUUGCACUUUUCAACAGCUUUCAACUUUUGUUCAUUCAGUGAGAGAUCCUGUGCAGAACAGAGUGACUUUGGAACUCAGCAAUGCCACAAUGGUUAGAAUUACCAUUCCUGAAAUUGCAACUUCAGAAUUAGUCAAAAGAUGUUUGCAAGGCAUUAAAUGCAUCCUGCCCAAGGAGGUUGCUGUGCAAAUGCUUGUCCGAUGGUAUAAUGCUUACAAUGCCCCGGGAGGACCAAGUUACUACUCAGAGUGGAACUUAUUUGUUACCUGCCUGAUGAAUAUGAUGGGUUACAACACAGACAGAGUGGCCUGGACGCGCAAUCUUGAUUUUGAAGGAUCUCUUUCUCCAGUCAUUGCUCCCAAGAAAGCCCGGCCAUCAGAAACAGGAUCAGAUGAAGACUGGGAAUACCUGCUAAACUCUGACUAUCAUAAAAAUGUUGAAUCUCACCCAUUGGCCAAGGCUCUACGGUUGGAUCCUCUGGAAGCAAAAUUUCCCAAGGACAACCUUUCUCACAACCACUGCUUGGAUUCCACCACUCUUCUCUUUCCCCACAUCCCAACUAUCUUCUGUGUGCUUCACUUAAUCUAUGAGGAACUCAAGCUGAAUUGCUUGAUGGGUGAAGGAAUCCGUUCCCUUGUUGUUCUGCUGGUUCAGCUGGCAAGGGACUUAAAACUGGAAGCUUAUCUUGAUUAUUACUUCAGAGACUUUCCAGUGCUUGUAAAAACUUCCAGGCAAGCAUGCAUGAUUGAUCCAGCCCAAACAGAUUACAUGCAUCACCCUCCAUUUUUUUUGGCUGAGCCUCCAAGCAUCUUUCAGUGGUUGAGUUCCUGUCUGAAGGGCGAGAGGGUGUCCCCCUACCCUUACUUGCCUGGAAUCUGUGAAAGGAGCAAGCUAGUAGUACUGAGUGUUGUGCUGUACAUACUUGGUGAUGAAAGAGCUGUUUCAAAUGAAGCAUCCAACUACUUGUCCAAGAUAACUUCAGGGCAGCAGAAGCAACAAAAUGAACAGGAAGAAUCUCGGUGCAGUUUUAGGCAUGACUCAUCUGCUUCCAGUCUAGCUGAAAAGCUAGUUGUCUGGAUGACAAAUGUAGGUUUCACCCUAAGAGACUUGGAGUCUUUGCCAUUUGGAGUCGCUCUUCCUAUCAGAGAUGCAAUAUAUCACUGCCGACAGCAACCUGCCUCUGACUGGCCAGAAGCUGUUUGUCUUCUGAUAGGCCGGCAAGAUCUUUCCAAACAGGCAUGCGAGGGAAAUUUGCCAAAAUAUAAAGCUUCUGACACCCAGGUACUCUCGUCCGAUAUGCCCUCGACUGCAGAGUCAGAGGAGGAGGAUGAUGGGAUGAAUGAUAUGAACCAAGAGGUGAUGUCGCUAAUAUGGAGCGAAGACCUGAGAGUGCAGGAGGUGCGCAGGCUUUUGCAGAGUGCCCACCCGGUCCGCGUCAGUGUAGUUCAGAUGCCAGAAGUCAGUGACCACGAAUAUAUAGAAGAGAAAGAAAACCGGCUUCUGCAGUUGUGUCAGCGGACUAUGGCGCUGCCCUUGGGAAGAGGAAUGUUUACCUUGUUCUCUUACCAUCCAGUUCCAACAGAACCCCUGCCUAUUCCCAAGCUGAACCUGACAGGCCGAGCUCCUCCUAGGAAUACUACUGUGGAUCUCAACAGUGGAAAUAUAGAUGUGCCCCCUAACAUGGCUUGUUGGGCCAACUUUCAUAAUGGUGUGGCUGCUGGACUGAAGAUAGCACCAGCUUCCCAAAUAGACUCAGCAUGGAUUGUCUACAACAAACCCAAAAAUGCAGAACUAGCCAAUGAGUACGCAGGCUUUCUUAUGGCCCUGGGUUUGAAUGGUCAUCUCACCAAGCUUGCAACCCUCAACAUCCAUGACUAUUUGACAAAGGGCCACGAGAUGACAAGCAUCGGGCUGCUGCUUGGGGUUUCCGCUGCCAAGCUGGGCACAAUGGAUAUGUCUAUCACUCGGCUGCUCAGCAUCCACAUACCUGCCCUGCUUCCGCCAACGUCCACCGAGCUGGACGUUCCUCACAAUGUGCAAGUGGCAGCUGUAAUAGGGAUAGGCCUGGUGUACCAGGGGACGGCUCAUAGGCACACCGCUGAGGUUCUGCUGUCAGAAAUAGGACGCCCCCCAGGACCUGAGAUGGAGUACUGCACUGACAGAGAGUCCUAUUCACUUGCUGCCGGUUUAGCUUUGGGCAUGGUGUGCCUUGGGCAUGGCAGCAGCUUGAUUGGCAUGUCAGACCUCAAUGUGCCCGAGCAGCUUUACCAGUAUAUGGUUGGUGGCCAUCGGCGUUUUCAAGCUGGAAUGCACCGAGAAAAACACAAGUCUCCAAGCUACCAAAUAAAGGAAGGAGAUACCAUAAAUGUGGAUGUCACCUGCCCAGGGGCAACUCUGGCACUAGCAAUGAUCUAUCUGAAAACUAACAACAGGUCGAUUGCUGAUUGGCUUCGAGCCCCAGACACAAUGUAUUUGUUGGAUUUUGUGAAACCAGAAUUUCUUUUAUUAAGGACACUUGCUCGGUGCUUGAUCUUGUGGGAUGAUAUAUUACCCAGUUCGAAGUGGAUUGACAGUAAUGUGCCACAAAUUGUUAGAGAGAACAGUGUAUCCCUUCAUGCGACUGAAAUGCCUUCAUCGGAAGACCUGAAUUUGGAGACACUGGCGCAGGCUCACGUAUACAUCAUUGCUGGGGCCUGUUUGUCUUUGGGUUUUCGAUUUGCUGGUUCAGAAAAUCUGGCUGCCUUUAAUUGUCUGUUCGCAUUUGCAAAAGAUUUCAUGAAGUGUUUGUCCUCAGCUACAGCUUCCAUCGCUGGUCACUAUAACUUGGAAACCUGUCUGAGUGUCGUGUUGCUCUCCCUUGCAAUGGUGAUGGCAGGAUCUGGAAACUUGAAGGUCCUCCAGCUCUGUCGUUUCAUGCACAAGAAGACUGGUGGGGAGAUGAACUAUGGAUUCCAUAUGGCACAUCAUAUGGCUCUUGGACUCCUCUUUUUGGGAGGAGGAAGGUACUCACUGAGCACUUCUAAUUCUUCAAUUGCUGCUCUUCUCUGUGCACUCUACCCUCAUUUCCCAGUUCACAGCACUGACAAUAGGUAUCACCUUCAGGCCUUGCGGCAUCUUUAUGUGCUGGCAGCAGAGCCCAGGCUCCUUGUCCCGGUGGAUGUGGAUACAGACACCCCUUGCUAUGCACUACUUGAGGUUACCUACAAGGGAACUCAGUGGUAUGAAGAGACAACAGAAGAAUUAAUGGCACCCACCCUCCUCCCAGAACUUCACUUGCUGAAGCAGAUCAGAGUGAAAGGCCCACGAUACUGGGAACUGCUGAUUGAUUUAAGCAAAGGCACUAACCACCUAAAAUCAAUUCUUUCAAAAGAUGGCGUUCUGUAUGUAAAGUUGAGAGCUGGGCAACUUUCAUACAAGGAAGAUCCAAUGGGUUGGCGAAGCCUGCUAGCACAGACGGUCACUCAUCGCAAUGCAGAUGCCAGGGCAUUCAAGCCAGAAGCUAUUUCAGCUUUCACAUCAGAUCCUGCGCUGCUCUCAUUUGCUGACUACUUUUGCAAACCAGCUACAAAUAUGGGGCAAAAACAGGAAGUGUUUGAUCUUUUCUCAUCUAUCCUGUAUGAAUGUGUGACGCAGGAGAAUCCAGAGAUGCUGCCGGCUUAUAUUGCAAUUGACCAGGCUGUAAGAAGAUUAGAAAAAAGAGAAAUGUCGGAGACAUUUGACUUGUGGCAAAUAAAGUUGGUUCUAGAAUUUUUUAAUUCCAGAAGUCACCAGGAGAGAAUGAGGAAAAAUCCACACCUGGGGCUCUUCAUGAACUCAGAGUUUUUACCUGUGAUGAAGUGUUCUAUUGAUAAUACACUGGACCAGUGGCUACAAGCUGGUGGUGAUGUCUGCUUGCACUCCUAUUUAAGUGGACAGCCUACUGAUGACUCUCAGCUAAGUAUGUUGGCCUGCUUCCUUGUAUACCAUUCAGUCCCAACUCUGGGACAACUUGUAGCUGGAGGCCUGGAAGGUAGUGCAAGCUUCUCAGAACUGCUUCUGAAAUUCAAGCCAUUGAAAAUGCCAGUCCGUGGACUACUAAGACUUGCUCCUUUGCUACUGGGAAAUCCACAGUCAAUGGUUUCGUGAAAGCAAUAACAUGAAUUUAACAUAACCACAUGACCAAAUGCCGGUACUGAUGCAGUAUUUGACAUUAAACGAAAGACACAUAAAUGAGGUCGGCUUCACUUUCAAGUUCACACUUUGAAUACAUUUUUCAUUCCCCUUUUACGUUUUGAGAGUGAUAAACAGAAAUUUAUAUAUUGUUGGAUGAUUGAUAUGCCUGUGCAAAGUAAUGCAUUUACUUUUUUGUAAACAAAGUUUGUUUAAGAAACAAAAAAUGAACACACCCCAGCAACACUGCUGCAAAACACCUUGAUAAUAUAUUUAGCAAAUAAACCAUCUGGAAGUAA